UGCGUUCACGUGCAAAGCAUCAGACGGGCUUUUCGUCUGUUCGGGAAUUGUCUCGUUUACUUCAUCAACAGCAUUUAUUAUACUGGGUUACACGUUUAAAAAGCGUAACCCCCUAAAGAACCCCUCUCCUCCUCCUUCUUCUUCUUCUUCUUCGUCUCCACUCGUUUGUUCCCGCGCACCGAGCCCAGCAGUUUGUGUCCGGCAGGCCGUGAACGCAGCGGCACAGUUGACACCUCGCCUUGACUCGAGCUAACGAGCAGCAUGUCUGAGAAGGAGCUGGGGAAGAAGUGGGACCGGUGCCUGGCAGACGGGGCCAUCAAACUCGGCACUGGACUGGGGUUAGGAAUCGUGUUUUCUGUUCUGUUCUUUAAACGGCACACAUGGCCGAUAUCAUUCGGCUCAGGAGUGGGACUUGGCAUGGCAUAUGCCAACUGUCAGAAUGACCUCAGGUCACAUUAUGUGCUGCAAAGAAGAGAAAAGGAGCAAUAGCUGCAAGUCAACGAGGGACUGUCUUUUUUAUUGUUUUGAAUUUGUUCUUUUGGUUUUGACUGUGGGAGACCAGCCAUUUGCACUGUUUUUCAGUUAGAUUCAUAUCUCCUGUUGAUCGGUCCAUCCCGAGUAUGACCCAGUAUGAUUGUAUGUGCCUAAUCAGGACAGUCUGUGUUUAUUUAAUAAAACAAUUAUAACAACAAAAAA